AUGUCCGAAAAGAUGAAUGCUCAUGCAUCACAAGAAUAUCACAAAACGUCGAUGGAAAAGAUGAGUGAAUUUCUUUUGCGUUAUGAGGAACCAACGCUGGCAGUGAACAAUAUCCUAGACGAAAAAGCCAAAACGAUAAUUGAAAAUAACAGGAAAGUAAUCGAGUCGUUGAUUAAAAUUGUAGCAUUUUGCGGAAAACAAGGGAUUGCACUUCGCGGUCACAGAGACGACAAAAUAACGUGGGUGAAAGACGAGGAGAAAGAAGCCCAUAAUGAAGGGAAUUUUAUUGAACUGGUGCGUUUUCGGGCUGAAACAGAUCAAAUUCUUCUCAAACACCUAGAGAACGCACCAAAAAAUGCUCAAUACACCUCUAAAACUAUACAGAAUGAGUUAAUAGACGUUAUUGGGAAGGCUAUUUGUAAUGAAAUCAUAGAGGAAGUUCGCGAAGCGAGGUUCUACACUGUGAUUGCGGAUGAAGUGACGGACAUUUCCAACAAAGAACAGUUAUCAAUUUGUCUACGCUAUGUCUAUAAUUCUGUCAUCAAAGAAGUGUUUGUUGACUUUGCUGAGGUAGAGCGUAUCACAGGCGAAAUACUAGCAAACGCUAUAAUACAAUGGCUUUCAAACCAAGGUUUGUCUUUAGCAAACUUGAGGGGUCAAUGUUAUGAUGGCGCAUCAAAUAUGUCUGGUGCAAGGUCUGGGUGUAAGUCAAUUGUGCAAGAGAAGGCACCGCUUGCACUGUAUUUUCAUUGUGCUGCUCAUCGUUUAAACCUGGCAAUAGUUUCUGCAUGUAAAAUCUCUCAGAUCAAGAAUGCUGAAUCAUACGUUGGUGAAAUCGCAAGAUUUUUCAAUAACUCAGCAAAAAGGCAGCGCCUCCUUGAUAAAGCUUUUGAAUUACAAAAUCCACAUGGGUCAAAUGCUAAGAAAUUGAAAGAUGCAUGCAGAACCCGUUGGGUACUGCGUAUCGAUGCUUAUAUUGUCUUUACGGAGAUGCUCCCGGCAAUCCACAGAGCAUUAGAGGCUAUUGUCUCUAGCUAUAAGAUUCUAGGAGUCCAUUUACAAACCGAUUUAAAGUGGGACGUCCAUGUCGACUACAUCUACAAGAAGGCAUGCAAGAAGCUGUACUCCUUCGACGAGCUGGAGUUGAUCAAGAAAGUAUUUUAAAGGUAUACAUAAGUACCAUCAGACCAACCAUGGAGUAUGCAGUUCCUGUUUGGCAGUCGAUACCUGGUACGUUGGCGGACAAACUUGAAUCAGUGCAAAAGCGGGCUUUGAAAAUCAUAUUUCCAUCUACUGAGUGCUAUAACGAUGCACUACAGCGUGCUGAACUGGAUCCAUUAUCAACCAGAAGGCACUCCCUCUGUUUGCAAUAUAUGGACAAAAUCAAAGUUACAGGACAUCCUUUACACCAUCUUCUCCCAAAACGCAUUAGUCCUGACUGCCCGUAUGGCUUACGCAAUAAGAAAGAAAACGUAUACCUAUACAAGAACUGUAUUAAGUGUAGAACUAAAAGAUCAGAGGACUACUUCAUGUUCAAAUAUUUUAA